GUCUUCACUUUGCAAUUUUCUUGUGCUUUUAAUGCACUUUUCAUAUAAACUCUUUGGUAUAGAUAUUUUUCAUAUUUAGCUUUAUUUUUCAACCGCAUCCAAACAACACAAAAACACAAAAAAACUACAAUUGAACUAAAUUGCUUGCUAAAGAAAGAGACAACAUGCCACCCGCCAACAGCGGCACUAUUCUACUUUAACAGUUACCGUUGAAAGCGUCCAUUUGUUUACACCUCCAUGAUUCGGUUUGAUGCACGUUUGAUAAAAGAGGUUAGCAUUUCGAGCAAUAAACAACUGAUCCUUGUCAACAUUGUCGACUGUUGGAAUUUUAAACAUUUAAGAGCCGAACGAUAUCCGCAAUAUCAUUCCUCAGUUUUUACGGCGCCGGGGCGAAAUGGAGGUUUAAAGUGAAAUGGCACCCCGAAAACCCUUUAGGACAUACAGUCGCGGAAAAAAAUCCUCUGUUAAUGUUGUGGAAGCUUUCGAUAUCCUGUUUACAAAGAAUCUGGUCCAAAGGAAGCUUAUUGCGAGCCGGAAAAAAUUCGAGGUAAAAGAUUUGCCAGCCAAAGUGAAGCACGUUUUCGAAGAAGAGGCCUCCAUCCACGUAAACUUUAAUGAUACCUUUGAUAAGAUUUGUGCUAAACAAUUAACUAAGUUAAAAAAUGACUCGACAGGAUUGCCAAAAGCGGAUUCUUGCAGUAACAAGACCACGGAGAACAAUACGUGGGAUUCGUGGUUUAACCGAAAAACUCCAUCAGGAGAAGCCAUUACCGAUUCUCUAGAAAUAGAGUAUGUUGGAAGAGUAAAAAGGUCACAACAAAACGUGUCGUCUAGAUCGUCACCAAUAGUGCUUAGAUCACACACACACAGCAAAUCAAAAGAACUUUCCGUGGACAAUCCAUCAAGGAAGAAUGACUCAAAAAACUCCGAACAAGUUAGCAUCAAUAUACAGUGCUCUAAAAUGUCCACGAGGAAGAAUGUCCACUUAUUUCCCUGCAUCCGCCAAACUCCUACUCUACACAGUAGUACGCCUUUGRGGCCGAAAAAACGCGAUUUACUGGCGCAAACACAAACGACAAUAUCACCUAUAAAGCCUGAAGACACAGAGCUGAGGAAAUCUAUUGUGCAGUCAUUCGGCGAGAUUAAACAAUGGAGUUCAGCCGCACCGAAGCUUUUUAGCUGAGGAAUCGAAAAGCAAGCAGUUAGUGGUGAACUUAACUAGGCAAUCUUUAGAUAAACUCAAAACCCAGUUCAACCAGAGCCUCCCAUUAUUAACACCGAUUGUCGGAAGAAAUGCCAAGGCGUGCAGGAAAUUUUCGUCUAAUUGUGACAAAACUAUCCCUCUAAUGAAAUCCAAAAGCUGUGAUUCACUACUUCUAACUGUGAAGAAAAUAGAUGAUAAACGAACGCAAGAUUCACACAACUCAUCGGUUCAGUUGAUUGAAAACUCGCUGUCGGAAAAGCCCUAUGUGUCCCAAAUUUUAUUAGCUAGCGCUACUGAUGACGACCUAAACAGACUAUCAACGCCUCCAGCCAAAAGUCCAACUGCCCCUAGAAGCUUCGACUUGAAUAAUCUUAAAUCCAACCUACUAUAUGUAUUGAUUCCCAGGAUUUCUCCUCAACCGACUACUCCUCCUCCCGUUCCUCAAUAUUCUGCUCAGGAUCUAAGUGAUGUAAUUUUAAAGACACCAAAGCUGCCUUCAACUGGAUGUUCCAGUCGCACUGAGGCGAAUUCCCCAGAAAACUUAGGACAUAAUUAUUCGAUUGUUGCGGAAAAAACUGAGAGCGACGACUUUGAUGCUUCUGGUAUCAGCAGAUUCAGCCAGAAGCCCAUUAUACAGAGAGGAAAGGCUUGGAGAAGAAGCUUUAUGACUUACAAGCA